AUGGCAGGCUCCGACGGAAGUGAAGAUGCCGAAGCCGGUCUGCAAACGCCGAAAGCACAGAUAGCCUCCGCCUCGGCAUCUUCUACUGCCCGGAAAGCUCGCCGCUAUGGAUUUGCGUGCUCAAGCUGCAAAGCUCGCAAGGUCAAGUGCAGUGGAAAUCGGCCCAUCUGUACGGGAUGCCGCCGGUCCGGGGAGACUUGCAGCUGGCCGGCACAGAACUCGACCGAGUUCCGACUUCGAGAGGCAAAUGCUCGCAUUCGGAAUCUAGAGGCAUCAAUGAGGAGUCCGAUUCGGUCUUCCAACGAGCCUCAGCCAGACCUCGAGACACCUGAUACCGAUAUUACGAAUCCCGGUACGGCUCGCAGCCACCCACUAUCUCACGAUGGUAGUCGUGCUGCUGAAGCCAAUGCCGACACGGAGGGUUCGCUUUGGUUCCAGGUCGGCCUCGGAGAGGACGGUACUGUCAUCUACAAUGGUCCGACAAGUCGCUUUCAUGCUGGCUCCCUUGAGGAAACCCACCUGACCGGCGAACAUCAGGAUAGCGACCCAAAGCGAGCACAAGUAGAAGUUUUACAGUCUCAGUAUGCUUUGAUGGACUCGGUGUGGCUGCCUCUGAUCGCUGCGAAGCCAGUAAUGAACGGCACCGGCAUCGACACCACUCUCGGCAUGGCUCUUCUUGAUAUCUAUUGGACGUGGCUACAUCCACUUCAUAGCUGUGUCUACAGACCUAUCCUAAUGAUGGAUCUGGCUCUCGGAGGACCAUAUUGCACCGAUUUCUUGCUCCUAUGUAUCUUCGGUCUAGCAGCUCGACAUCUGCCUGAGCAAGUUACCGCAGCAGCUGGAGUGGGGAGAGGCGACCAGUUCAUCGCACGUGCAAGGGAGCUGUUACUGAAGGAAAUGACGGCCAUGAAGCCAGCGAUUCCUACAAUUCAGGGGUUGCUGAUUCUAGGCGGGCGCCAGUGUGCCAUGGGGAAAAGCUCCGAAGGUUGGUUAUACACCGGCAUGGCAGUACGGAUGAUGAAAGACAUUGGGCUUCACCUGGACAUCACUAAGCUUUCCAGGCUUGAGAGAUGGACACCUGCUGAGAUAGAGACUCGAAAGAGGCUGUACAACUCAGCUUACAUCUGGGAUAAGACACUCAGCCUGGCCCUAGGCCGUCCGCCUUCUCUAAUACGACGUCCUUACCCUGCUCAGGAUAUACUGGAUAAAGUUGACGAUCAACGCUCCUGGAAGCCUGUUCAAGCUACCGAAGUCUCCGAAAACUUUAUUGCUUCGCCUUCCUGGACGACAUCAGCCUUUUGUGCGUUUUGCCGGCUUCACGAAGCCACUACAGAUAUGAUGUUGCUGUUCUCAAGCACGAGCAGGAACGAGGAGUUCACUACACAGAUGGAGGAGCUUGACAGCAGGAUAUGUCAGUGGUAUCAUGAGAUUCCGAGUCCAUUGAGAAUCGAGGACGCAUCCAUGUUAGAUCAAAGCCCUCCCCCACAUAUUGUGUCAUUGAAGUAA